UCCCCCUCUUCAUUCUACUCAAGAGGAGUCUAAACAGUAGUAUAUCGUGGGCUGAAAAAACAGUUACCCUUUGUAUCCAGAUUGGUAUGGACUUGUUGUCCGGGACGUAUAUAUUUGCGGUCCUGUUAGCAUGCGUCGUGUUUCAGUCUGGCGCCCAGGAGAAGAAUUAUACAGUCCAAGAAGAAAUGCCAGAAAACGUCCUGAUAGGCGAUUUGUUGAGAGACCUCAACUUGUCGCUUAUUCCCGACAAGUCCUUAACCACUCCUAUGCAGUUCAAAUUAGUUUACAAAACCGGAGAUGUACCAUUGAUUCGCAUUGAAGAGGGUACUGGAGAGAUCUUCACUACUGGCGCACGCAUUGAUCGUGAGAAAUUAUGUGCUGGAGUCGUAUUGGAUGCCCGUUGCUUUUACGAAGUAGAGGUUGCUGUUUUGCCAGAUGAAAUAUUUAGAUUGGUUAAGAUACGCUUUCUGAUAGAAGACAUAAAUGAUAAUGCACCAUUAUUCCCAACAACUGUUAUCAACAUAUCAAUUCCAGAGAACUCGGCUAUAAACUCUCGAUAUUCUCUUCCGGCAGCCGUUGAUCCUGAUAUUGGAAUAAAUGGAGUCCAAAAUUACCACCUAAUUAAGGGUCAAAAUAUUUUCGAUCUUGAUGUCAUUGAAACACCAGAAGGUGACAAGAUGCCCCAGCUGAUUGUUCAAAAGGAGUUAGAUAGAGAAGUGAAGGAUACCUAUGUGAUGAAAGUAAAAGUUGAAGAUGGUGGGUCUCCUCAAAGAUCCAGUACAGCUAUUUUGCAAGUAAGUGUUGCUGAUACAAAUGACAAUGGCCCAAUUUUCAUUGAGGAGGAAAUUGAAGUCAGUAUACCAGAAAAUGCUCCUAUAGGUUCUUCAGUGACACAGCUCCAUGCCACAGAUGCUGAUAUAGGUGAAAAUGCCAGAAUUCACUUUUAUUUCAGCAAUCUAGUCUCCAACAUCGCUAAGAGACUGUUUCAUCUUAACACCACUACUGGACUUAUCACUGUCAAAGAACCACUGGAUAGGGAAGAAUCACCGAGCCACAGGUUAUUGGUUUUGGCAACUGAUGGUGGAUCGACACCAGCAAGAGCAAUGGUACUGGUAAAUGUUACAGAUGUCAAUGAUAAUGUCCCAUCAAUUGACAUAAGAUACAUUGUCAAUCCAACCAAUGGCACUGUGCUUCUUUCAGAGAAUGCUCCACUAAACACUAAAAUUGCUCUCAUAACUGUGACGGAUAAGGAUUCUGAGCAUAAUGGUCGGGUGACAUGCUUCACAGAUCAUGAAGUUCCUUUCAGAUUACGGCCAGUAUUCAGUAAUCAGUUUCUCCUGGAGACUGCUGCAUUUCUUGAUUUUGAGUCCACAAAAGAAUAUGCCAUUAAAUUACUGGCCGCUGAUGCUGGCAAACCUCCUUUGAAUCAGUCAUCCAUGCUCCUGAUCAAAGUAAAAGAUGAAAAUGACAAUGCUCCAGUUUUCACCCAGUCUUUCAUAAGCCUUUCUGUUCCUGAGAAUAAUUCUCCUGGUUCACAAUUGACAAAAAUCAGUGCAACAGAUGCAGACAGUGGACAAAAUGCUGAAAUAAGCUACAUGCUAGGUUUUGAUGCACCACCUGAAUUCGACCUGGAUUCUCGUACAGGCAUCCUGACUGCAGUGAAGAAACUAGAUAGAGAAAAACAGGAAAAAUAUUACUUUACAGUCCUGGCACAGGACAAUGGAAUUCCACCCUUAACGUCCAAUGUCACUGUCUUCGUAACUGUUCUUGACCAGAAUGAUAACAGCCCAAUUUUCACUCACAAUGAGUAUAACUUCUAUGUUCCUGAAAACCUUCCAAGACAUGGCACAGUAGGGCUAAUAACUGUGACUGAUAUUGAUUAUGGAGAGAAUUCUGCAGUUAAUCUCUCGAUCUUAGAUGUGAAUGAUCAGUUCACUAUUGAUUCACAGUCUGGUGUCAUCAGGCCAAAUAUUUCAUUUGACAGAGAAAAACAAGAAUCUUAUACUUUCUAUGUAAAAGCUGAGGAUUGUGGUAGGGUAUCACGUUCUUCAACUGCUAAAGUAACCAUUAAUGUGGUUGAUGUCAAUGAUAACAAACCAAUUUUUAUUGACCCUCCUUCCAAUUACUCCUUCGAAUGGGUUCUACCAUCCACAGAUCCUGGCACAGUCAUCUUCAAGGUUGUUGCAAUUGAUGAUGAUAUUGGCAUGAAUGCAGAGCUUCGUUACAGCAUUGUUGGAGGAAACACAAAAGGACUGUUUAUGAUUGAACAAAUAUCAGGCAACAUCACGUUGAAGGAUAAGUGCAUGGUUUCAGAUCUUGGUUUACACCGAGUCAUAGUCAUGGCUAAGGAUUUAGGGCAACCUGAUUCUCUAUUCAAUGUUGUAAAUGUCAAUUUCUUUGUAAAUGAGUCAGUGCCCAAUGCUACACUGAUUUACGAACUGGUGCGCAAAAGCAUUGAUGCACCUGCAAAUCAAAAUACUGAAACAACUAAUUCAUCCUCACCAACCACUGACUAUGUCAAGAUCAUGGUUGCCAUUGUUGCUGGCACGAUAACUGUUGUCCUAGUUAUUUUCAUCACUGCUGUAGUAAGAUGCUGCCAACCACACCUUAAAGCUUCUCAGAAAAACAAACAGAAUUCUGAGUGGGUUACUCCAAACCCAGAAAACAGGCAGAUGAUUAUGAUGAAGAAGAAGAAGAAGAAAAAGAAGAAACAUCCCCCUAAGAAUCUGCUGCUUAAUUUUGUUACUAUUGAAGAAGCAAAGCCAGAUGAUAGUGAAAAUGAGAGAAACAGUGUCACAUUAGAUCUUCCCAUUGAUCUGGAAGAGCAAACCAUGGGCAAAUACAACUGGAGCACCACACCUACUACUUUCAAGCCUGAUAGCCCUGAUUUGGCUCGACACUACAAAUCUGCCUCUCCCCAGCCUGCAUUCCAGAUCCAGCCUGAAACACCCCUAAACUCAAAGCACCACAUUAUUCAGGAACUGCCUCUUGAUAAUACCUUCGUUGGCUGCGAUUCUAUCUCCAAGUGCUCCUCCAGCAGUUCUGAUCCCUACAGUGUUUCUGAGUGCAGCUAUCCAGUGACAACUUUCAAGGCCACUGUGUCUGUGCAUACCAGACUGGCAAUGAAGGAGGUGGUACGAUCUCACACACCCAUGAAAGAUUCAAAUACUGUGGAAAUCUGGACUCAUCCACAUCCACAGCGGCGAUCUGAUGGAAAAAAGGCAGGAAAGUCGCAGAGACGUGUCACAUUUCACCUACCAGAAGGCUCUCAGGAAAGCAUCAGUGAUGGUGGAUUGGGAGACCAUGAUGCAGGAAGCCUUCCCAGUACAUCCCAUGCACUGCCUCUUGGCUAUCUUCAGGAAGAGUAUUAUGAUCACACUGCACCAAACAAUCGCACUGAAGGUGAUGGCAACUCCGAUCCUGAAUCUACUUUCAUUCCUGGACUAAAGAAAGCUGCAGAAAUAACAGUGCAGCCAACUGUCGAAGAGGCCUCUGACACCUGCACUCAAGAAUGCCUCAUCUUGGGCCACUCUGACUCCUGCUGGAUGCCAGCUUCUCUGACCAAGCCUAGUCCUCCACAGAUAAAGACCUCUGCUAUAUGCCACAGUCCACCCAGGACCUACUCUUCAAUUCGUCGUCGCUUCAGCCCUCCAGUGACACAGACAGUCGCUAUCUGUCACAGUCCCCCUGUGACACAGGCAAUUGCACUGUGUCACAGCCCUCCACCAGUACAGGCUACUGUACUCCGCCAUAGUCCACCACCAGCACAGGCCUCUGCAGUCUGCUACAGCCCAACUCUGGUACAGGCUGUGGUAAUUCACCGCAGUCCUCCUCUGCCCCAGGCUGCCACACUCCAUCGCACUCAGGCACAACCACCAAUGGGCUUGCAGCAAGGAUGGGUGCAGGGUGCUGGAGCAGAUGAACUGCAUCCUAUUGAUCAGGAAGUACAGGGUAGUACAAGAGCUCAGUUUUACACUAUGGCUGAAAGAGAUCACCCCGAUGAUGACUCAAUUAAAGUCAUUCCCUUGACCACCUUUACUUCAGGUAAACAGGCCAGAUCCUCAAGAGGUGAUUCUCCCAUCAUAGAGGAACAUCCAUUGUAAAGCCUAUAUGGAUACAUCACAUCUUCAAUAAGAUGUUUAUAUACUCAAAUAUUAACAUUCAAUUUUAAUGAAUAUUCCAAAUCGGGAGGUUUGUAAAUAACUAUGUAAAUAGAAACAGAUACCAGGAUAAGACUAGAGCUAGACCCUUAGUCAAAAGAUGAUAAAAUAAAUUCAAAAUUUAAUUUGGACUGUGAAAUUUCAAAAGACAUAAAUAAAGACUUUAUAUUCCUAUGUACAGAAAGGCUUAUCAUGAAAAAAGUUAAUAUGUAGUAUAUAAUAUUUCUGAUGUACUCUGAUGAAUUUUUAUUUUUUACCACCAUGUGCAAUAUUACUGAUUUCUUCUUGUCUGAUUUUUGUGAAUUCAGUAUGUAGUUAUUGGGAAAUUGUUCAAGAUCUGAUUUUCCAAGUUUACGUUGAGUUUACAGCUUUGUCUUUAGGUUUUUGUAAAUAUUGUAAAUUAGACGGCACAGUUCUAUAGCCUUUUUGUUUGUCUUUGUUCUAUUUAUCUUAGUUGCCUUUAGUUUUUAAUCGUCCAUAUUUCUACCUUUAAGAAUGUACAGUAAGAGCUGUAUAUAAAAUAUUUUACAGUUUUUGUCUCUAUCCCUGUUUUUUAUGUUUUCUACCUUUAUUUCAAGAAUAUAUUGAUAUAAUUGGUAUAUACACUUUUUUUUUCAAAAAGAACAUAUAUAGACUGUACAGAACUAGGCUUCAACCUAUUUCUCUACUCUUUAGUAGAGUUCGAGACACUGAAGUGCAAUAGCUAUGCCCAAAUUAGGCAAGUAUUAGCCAGAAUGGGCCUGUGCUUUUUUUUUUAUAUUUAUAUAUUUUUGUACUAUAGUAUAAAGUACAUCAGAAAUAUUAUUGUAUAUGUCAUGGUAAGCCUGUAUUCCAAUACAAAUUGGGAAUUUAUCUUCUGGAACUUGUAUAUAAAAGUCACAUAGAAGUUGGACAAUUUUAAUGAAUUAUUAACAUACAACUAUUACUGCAAAGUACUAUUUCUAAAGAUGAUUGGGAUGAUUUAAAUAUUGAUUUAACAGCUCAAUGGCUGUUAAAGGACUGAAAAAUGCUCAGCAAAAAGAACAAACAAAAUUGUACAUAAAACCCCAUACUAAAAAUAUAAGGCUAAGGGAUUGUUUUUAUCAAUCUAGCUCAAUUUACUGAAUAAAACUACUGAAAUAAAAAGAUGAAUGUCAGGAAAGAUCUUUUCAACAGACUCAAUUCUAAAUCUACCAAAUGUAUUACAACACUGAAUUUCUAGGAGAUGUACAGAGGGAGAAAUAAGGUUCAUGACUGCUUCUUGGGGUAGAUAAGCAAUACCCCAAUAACACACUGAACUACAAAAUCUUACAUAUGACAAGAAUACACUACAAGCAAAGGAUACAGUAGUAUCUGUCAUAAAUAACAGUUUCCAUUUGUUGCCUACAUAUUCAUUUCUGUUUUGUCUAUUUAACUGGCCGUUAUCUUUUGUGUGCACAUUUCACAAAUUUAGAGAAACACCACAAACUUAAUUUACCCCCAUAACAAAGUCAAGAAAAUGUCUUGUUUCAGUAUCAUACUAAACCAAGAAUUAAUUACUGUUUGGGUUGGGGGGAUCCAGAAUAUUUCGUGUUGAUUAAAUUAGAUGUAGACUUUGUAAUGUGUAACUUGAAGAUAUGUAAUUUAUGAUUAAAUUGUGUGUAAAUGUUGUAAUAUAAACUGUGGUAAAUGUAUAAUUUCAUUAGUAACAUUUUCCUAUGAAUGUUGAUAAUAGUUUUCUUUGUGUGCCCGGCAGGUUAAGUAGCGUUUUGAGAAUAUAUUGUUGUUCCCCAUGUGAAGCUGACUAGAUUGUAUAUGAUUUGGUGUAUAGAAUAACUUAACUUUUAACACCUAGAAUCUGAUUAGUGAAAUUAGUAUAAUUGUUUUUCCUUCUUUGUGUUUGUUACUGGUUCCAGGGAUUUGAGGCAUGCUGGUUUUCCAGAUGCACAAAACCCCCAAAAGAUUGAUGGUAUUUGAAACAUUAUUGAAAUAAGAUCAUGCAUAUGUAUUGAUAUUGUUGUUAUUAUUGUUGUUAAUAAAAAUUCUAAACCUGGGGAAGAUAAAGAAACCCAGAAUGACAAAAUCAGUGCUUCCAGUAGAGUUAGACUGCUGUUUUUCCUCUCAACAUACACACAAAACAGAAAAAGGGAAAAAAAAAAAAACAAAAUUGUGAAAGUGAGAACUUGUGUUAAUUAUUCAUACAUUUUCUUCUAUAACUAGUAUAGUUAUAUUCAUACUCAUAUACAAACUUGAAAGGAGAUUGAAAUUGAGGAUAAAUUUUAAAAUAAAUAAUGCAUCAGAAACCUGAAAGCUUAUUUUACUAAUGUAAAUCUGAAAUCUGAAAUUGAGAUUUUCUUUUUUGAUUAUGAGACUUACUGAAUUACUAGGGAAGCUCUUAUAUCCAUAUGUUUAACAAUUUGUGAAGUAUUUAUACCUUUCCUAGAAAUAUAGGAAUGAACAGAUAUGCUUUGUUGCCCUUUCUAAAUCUGGUUUUAUAAUCAGACUUAGACGGUGUUUAGGAAAUUAAAUGACUGGGCACUCUUUUCUGGUUGUAUACCAGAGAGAUGUUGAAUGGAAGCAGGCUAAGCAAAGCCAAAGAGGCAAGGGGUGUGAGCCCAGUUCUUCUCCCCUAUGCAUUCUCUUUCUCAGCUUCCACUAGGUAUAGCCUUGGGAACCAGAAACUUCCAUGGCUGUAGAUUUGGUGAGAUAUUUCUCAUCACAUUAUAAAUUCUUUCUUUGAAUGGAAGGACAGAGCAAUAGGUUGACAAAUCUCACAAGUGGUUCUUCUGAAAAGCAAAAUGUCCUUCUAGAACUGAAAGAUGUCCUAAUUUACCAUCAGCCAAAAAAUGUUUCCCUCAGAAAAAGAGAAAGAUUUGAUUUUAUUUGAACUUAUACAGUAAUAUGUUAUUUUCAUGUUUGCCAGACUGGUUAUUCUAUAUUGUGGCCAUAUUCUGUUAAAAGGUGACUAUUAAUUUUCUAGCUAUAGCUUUAACAUACACACUUGCAAUUGUAUUCAAACACUGUGUAUCUCAUGUGCUAAAUACAUAUACAUUCUUUUCUCAAACUUUCUCUCCAAGUUUUAACUAAUACUGUGUCAGUGUAUUAAAACUAACUUUUACAUAUGAUACAAAGUAAACAAUUUAGAGAAUAAAUUUUAUGUAGUCUCAUUUAGUAAUUUAACAUUUUAUUUUUAGUUACACAAAUCUGGUUAGAAAAUAUAUUGUUAAAUGAUCAGUGCUAUUGUGCAAUGGUGACAGUAUGAAGAUCUUCUGCCUUCUCAAACUAAUGUUUGUCACACACAUUCAUUAAAAUGGUAAAAUAGUAGACUAAAUAGAUCCAGGAUUGGGCAGUCCUUAAAACACAAUCAUGUCAUAUACAUGAAGAUUACUUUUAGUCCUGAGUAAAUUACAUUUCAUUUACCUCUAAGCAUAUUUAAAGUUUUCUUUAAUAUUUUAUUAAGGCUUAAUGUGGAUAUAUCUAAUAUACAUUUAUAAAGCUAUGAUUUCCUUUAUGUUCUUUUGAUUUAUGAUUCAUUAUAUUUACACUUUGUUUUAUUUAUUUUUUAUAAGCCAAGCUUUAGUUACAUUGAAGUGAAAAUUAUUCUCACAAAUGUAGGGUACUAUUUUUGGUAUUUCCAAGUUGCCCAAUUGGCCUGCAUACUAUGGGAGCAGAGGAAAUCACUUUAUACAGAUAGAGAUGUUUUUAUAACAUGUGCCAAUUAUCACACUAUAGAAUCAUAUACAGCAAACUUAAUAUAUUCAUCCACAGUAGCUUGCUUACAAUAACUACCCAUGUGCUUUCCAUAAAUAUGAGUGUUAUAAGCACUGCAAGAUUACAAUAGUAAGACUGGAGAAGAAAAGGCUGCUCAUAAAAAUGUGUGUGCACAAAUUUAAAAAGAAGGCAAUUGUCUUGUGAUUGUAUAUGAUAAUUUUAAGAAUAAAAUUUGUGAAAUUUAUUCUGUCCCUGCUUAAAAUAUUUAAAAAUUUUGAACUGUGUAUUUAUGUUUGUAUUGGGGAAGACUCCUCCUCUGUGACAUCAUACAGCUUCUAAAAGUGGACAGUAUCCCAAAGUAUGGGAUGCUUUGGAAGUGAAAUAUUGGAAUGUUUUUUGGACCAGUAUGGCAGUAUGUAGUCCAGUGGCAAUUGUGUAUUAAUUGUUCUAUUUCAGGUUCUGUAUUGCAUGUUUUCUUAUUCAUAAAUAUAGAUAUUAAUAAAGUAGUUA